AUGUCAGAACCAAAAACAUGGAAGCCGAGCAAGUUAAACAAAAUCCUGGGCGCUUUAUGGUGCGGAGCAUUAUUGCGAAAAGGACCAAUGUGUUGUACGACCAAUUGUUCUUGUUUCAAUGAUGUCGAAAGUCCAGAAGCAUCACAAGCAAGAGCAGAUGAGGCAAGAUGGAAGUAUAGAAGUGAAAAAUUGGCAGAUCGUCAAGAAUCUCGUGCUCAAGCUGCAGAAAGACGUGAACAAAGAAGAGAAAACAAGAAAGAACGUAAAGUUGCAAAAGCUGAUAGUAGAAGAGAAAAGGCAAAAGCUAAAUCUACGAGAAGCUCUUCCAGUAAUCCCCCGAUUACAAAUCCACAAUCGAAUGAAGUUCAACCUCCAAUUUCAGAAAACACACCUGUCACGCAACCCGUGUCAACGGAACAUGUAGUACAAGGCGGUGCCACUGAAAAAGAACUCGGUCCUAGCCUCGAAAAUCAAAAUGAAACAGUCGAGCCUGUAGCAGCUCGACUUUCGGACGAGGCACAAUCUGUACCAAGUCCAAGUAACGUAUCCGUCCCCGCAUCUGGAGCAUCAAAUCGUUCUCAGGCAAAGGCACACAAAAAAGCAAAAGAAAGAGAAAGACGUAAAUUGAAGAAAGAGAAAAAGCAAGAGAGAAGGGAUAAGAAAGUCGAUCGAAGAAGAUAA